AUGGGGAACUAUACAGAUAAAAUUGUCACACAAUAUUUUGAGGUAGAGAAUCACCUAAUAAAUCUCCUAAAGACUACACCGUAUAUUCAUCAAUUCAUCCACGGAGAUCCAAUAAGUGGUAGAAUUACAUUAUAUUUAAUAAUUCUCGGAGGAUUUGCUUUGAUUCAGGAAAUAUGGGUUAGUAUCGAAAUGACGUUACUACAAAAGGAAACAUAUGACGAAUUGAAUGUUGGAAGAAUUGACGAAGGAAUUAAAUUGCAUCGUAUGAUACUCAGUGAUGAAUAUCAUAGUAAAGAAUAUAAGGAUGAACAAUCCGGAAUUAUUGUAGAAGAGUUUGAAGACAUGGAUAAGUUCUUUGCUAAACCCGUUCAUGUUUCCGAUAUUUUUGUUGAUGGUUAUAUCAUUGUUAAUGGCCAGCAAGUCCUUGAUAAACCAUUAAAAUAUCAUAUUGAAUUCUCUCCUGAGGAUUUUGAAAGUGAAAAGAGACAAGAUUUCGGUUGUUCACUACAUGUCUUAAGAUUGAAAUUAUAUCACCUUUUCAAAGAUUCUACUCUCUAUAAAGAAUACAGUAAUAAAACUAAUCCAUUCACCAUAUCCGGCAAUGUCAAGGUUUACAACAAAUUUGGAGAAGAAUUAGAGGUUAAUUUAGAUGAGGUUCAAUUAUGUUUCUUAAAGAUAGAAACUGGUGAUACAAUCAAAUGUGAGUUUGCUAUAGAAUAA